AUGGCAGAAAAGCCAGAAGAUCUCAACCUACCUAAUGCUGUCAUCACUCGUUUGAUCAAAGACUCGUUACCAGAAGGUAUCGUAGUUGCCAAAGAAGCUCGUAGUGCUAUUGCCAGAGCUGCUUCAGUCUUCGUCCUUUACACAACCUCCACAGCCAAUAAUCUGGCACAAAAAAACAAGAAGAAAACUGUCAGUGCACAAGAUAUCUUUAAUGCCAUGAAGGAAAUGGAAUUUGAGAAGUUUGUUGAACCUCUCCAGGAGAGUUUAGAUUUGUAUAAGAAAUCUAUGCAGAAUAAAAAAGAACAAAACAAGGAAGCAAAGGCUAAAGCCAAAAAAGAGGAAGAGGAAAAGAAAGCAACGAAACCAGAAGAUAAGAAAGUCACUGAUGGUGAAACAGAUGCUAGUAAAUCACAAGAGAGUUCUGACGCUGGUACAACUGAAGAGGUCACCGUUAUGGACACAGAGGAUACUGUUCAAGAAGUCGCUGAAAAUGGUGUUGAGGCGUUGUGAUCUGCCCGAAAACAUUUUUGUACUGUGUCUGUGUAUUAAGAAUUUGUGUGGAUUGUAUGCCAGACUGUAAAUGUUUCUAUACAUAUAUUGAAAUUAUUUUUUUACAAGUGCAGCAGAAUUUUGAAUACCGUGUGGUGAAAAUGUUUUGGAUG